UACCAUACGGGACCCUCUAUUACAGGUGCACACAUAAGUAUCUACACCUCUAAUAAUUGAACCCCCUACUACCACAACCUCCCUCCUCCUGGGGGUAGGUGGCUCCUUGGUGCCCACAGGCCCUCCUGCCUCCCCAGUCUCUUCCGGCUCUAAAGCUGGAAGCACCUGAAAGCGGUUAGACUCGGUCACUUCAGGAGAUGCCGCCUCUGUGGUCUGUGGACGCCCUUUCUUAUGUCUCUGCCCUACAUUCACCCAGCUCUCUGUCAUCAGCCGCUUCCCUGUUCACAGUGUGACAGUCCUAUUAGUGUCACCUGUUCCCACCACAUAUGCUACUGUCCCGACAGUUAAUUUUUAAACCCUGCAGCCAGAAACAGACGCUCCAUGUAUCAUGUGAGAACUGCACUUUACACCUCGACAUAGUUUAAAUCAUGGUGUUGUUGGGACAGAGAGAGGGACCUCUGCCUUGUCUGGUUUAAACACGGGUUUUAUUAUUAGAAACUAGGCUUGCAUUUUAAACGUUUUAAAGACGAAUGAAGGUAUCAUCAUCACGGGCUUAGGAUGAUUAUCUUUAACCUCCCAAGACCGCUGCUUGUGCUACUGCUGUGUCAGCUGAAGUUCUCCUCUGCAAACCGACCAGCGCGAUGGGACCAGAGCGCACAUCGGGUUGGGAACCGUCCACUUCCGACCAACUGCUCUGAAGGCUCUGCAGCGCCACCUGGCUGCGGGAGCCAGACGCACACCUUGGACCUGAGUUACAACGACAUCUCCAGCCUCACCUGGUCGGACAUACCGUGUCGCACGUCGUGUGCAACUCGGCUUGAUCUCAGCCACAACCGCAUCCAGGAGAUCCACGACGGGGUGCGGGCUGGUUUCCCGCGGCUGAAGGAGCUGGAUCUGAGCAGCAACCUGCUGCAUACCGUGACCCAGGAGCUGUGGUCAGGGCUCCAAGCCAUGGAAGUGCUGGACCUCAGACACAACCUCCUGACUGGGAUUCCAGCAUCUGCCUUUGCCGGCUUGGGCCACCUGCGGACGGUGCUGCUGCAGAAUAACAGUUUAGCGGCAAUCCCACAAGCGCUAUGCAGCGUGAGCAGCUUGCGCGUACUCUUUCUGGCCGGAAACCGCAUCGCCAGCGUGGAUUCCGCGAGUCUCCAUCUCUGCUCUGGGCUGCAGGAGCUGCACUUGGAGCACAACCUGAUUUCUGAGGUGUCCCCCGAGGCCUUCUGGGGGAUGGAGAAGCUGAAGGUGCUGAACCUGAGCUCCAACCUGCUGAAAACCAUGCCAGUCACCACCAUGCAGGCCCUGAGGGAGACGGGGGUGGCGGUCUAUCUCCACGGCAACCCAUGGGGGCUCCAUUGUGACCAGGGGGGCCGCUGCCUCGGGCUCCGUGACACAGUAGUGAGCACACUGCAUGAAGACACAGCUUUGACACUGCAGUGCAGAGGCAGCAGGCAUGGAGGCAAGGAAGGAUCCAUUCCAAGCCAACAUGAAUUUCUGUACUGGCAAACCCCAUUCGGCCAAUGGCAGAACAGCAGUGGGAAAGAUGACCACGCCCCCCUGGAAAUCCUGGCCAAUGGCAGCUUGAGGAUUAUCCAGGCUACCCCUUAUCACAAUGGACUGUACUACUGCCUCUUUCGGGAGGGUGAAGGACAGAGCCUCCACCCAUACAGGGUCCGAUUUGUGCCAGCCAGGUCGCGGAAGAGCAGAGACACUCAGGGCAAUACAGAAGUGGUGUCCAAAAGCCAUUUCGAGGCUGCAGUAGUGGCUUCGGUGACCGUCACCUUCCUUGCAGGAUUCAGCCUAGGAGCCUUUAGUAGGACCUACCUUAACCGCUGUUUGCAGAAAACGAGGGCAAAGGAAACAAAGGAAAAUGCCGUGCACUACAAAAGGACAACCUUCCGGAAGGGUCCGGAAGCAAACAUGGAGGACUCUGUGAACAUUGAGAUAUGCGAGCCUAACAACUCGCGGCCGAAGCAGAUCACGCCGCCCAAAAAGGCCCCGCGGACCGUACUGGCCAGAGAAGGCGAGGGUGAUGAUUCCAACCAGGAAACACCCGGCGGAGAGGACACCCAACAAGAAAAGAUGGUGCCAGGAGACUGGAACCACCAUGGGGACCAGGAGGCCACCAGAAGACAGGCAGAUGAUUCCUUGGAGGAGCUCCAGACACCGCAGCCAGCACCCCGACCGUCCAAGCGCAGGGUGAUCAAGCUCUACCACUAUGACGAAGACGGGAGCCCCUACAACCACGUGCAGGAACCCGAGGAGGCACCGCUGGCAACGCAGAGGUCCCUCUCUCUGACCCGCCUCAGCAACAUCAUGAGCGUAGCAGCGGAGGCGGACACCAGCACGCUGCCUUCGCAGGGGGACGAGCCGAGCGGGCGACCGCCUGGGGGUGGCACUGCAGUGUUCGAGCUGUCAGCGUAACCCUCAUCCGGCCUCUUCCCGUGCCCAAGACCGCCGUCAACCGCCAAGAUCAGCAUUCACAGACAUUCAAGUCAAAAGAACCAAUCAGAUUACAUUAAACAGUAUGCUGAUGAUGCAAAACUAUUUUAAUAUUCUUGCCACUAACUAAAUAUUUCAAAAGACCUUCGUCUAUCCUCCACAGGGGCAGGGGCACAGCCGGGGGUGGGGGUGGGCACAUUCCUACCCACUGAACUAUCAGGCCACCCAUUCAGUAUUCCUUUGCAUCUUGAACAAUGUCAUUUGUUAAAUUUUAAAAAUCACAUACACCUGCAAUCGAUGCUGUAUUCCUCAGGCAAUACUGAUGCAGUUUAAAACAAGCGAUUCAUUCAUUAAAAGAUGAUUUGAGGCCAAUAAAUACUGACCUGUGUGCACA